AUGCGACCGGUUGUAUUCGUUGGUCCAGCUUUAAAAGGUUAUGAAGUGACAGAUAUGAUGCAGAAGGCAAUAUUUGAUGCAAUGAAAAAACAUUUUGAUGGAAGAAUUAUUGUUAGCCGUGUGAGUACAAAUAUAUCAUUGGCUAAACGUGUUGGUGAUCUGUUACAUUUGGAUAAGAAAAAUAUUUUAGAGAAAGGACGCAGUCGUCAAUUAGUUUCUCUAAUUGAAGUUCAACAAGACUUGGAAAGAAUAUUCCAUUUGGGGAGUAAAAUGCAACUCCUUCUACUCGACUGUGAUACAAUCAAUCAUCCAAAUCAAAUUACAAAAACAUGUCUAGCGCCUAUUGUAAUCUACAUAAAAAUUUCUAGUAUACGUGUGUUAAAUCGUUUAAUUAAAAAUCGUGGUAAACUGCAAAAGAAAAAUGCUGGUGUACAGACAGCGGCUGCUGAAAAGUUAUUACAAUGUUCACCAGAAUCAUUUGACUUUGUUAUAGAUCAGAAUACUUUACCCGCAGCAACAGAAGCACUACGCCAUUUCUUAGAAGGAUAUUGGGCUGCAACGCAUCCACCAUUGAUAGUUAGUAAGGCUGAACGUCUACUUGGUUCAUUUUCUGCUCCAUUGCCUGCAGCACAUGAAAUUGAUUCUGAUCGUCCACUUGUUCCAAUGACACCAGGUCAUCCAGGACUUAGUGUUGUCACUAAGUCUGCUUUAAGUGCUGGUUUUACUAGUCAAGAAAUUAGUGAAUUGACGGGGGCUAGAGCUGCUGGUUGGUUAACAGAAAGUGGUGGACCGAUUGAAAAUGAACUUGGAUUGACAGGUGUUCAUUAUGCUGGUAGUGUUGGCAGUGAAUACAAUACUACAAGUUUAGGUGGAAGAAAACUGAAAGAGGAUCAUGAUCAUGGUGGUCAUAGUACAACGCAUAAUUCAGAUGAUGAAAAUGAUAUUUCACAUCCACAUUAUCAUCGUAGUGGUCGAUUACAAGUGAAUGCUGCACAUGCAGCAGCUAUUGCUGCUGUUGCUGCUGGAUUAACACCAAAAUCUCAUUCAGUUCAUCCAUCAUUAUUUUCUGGAGAGAAUAAAAGAUAUGGUUCAGGGAAUGCAGGUGAUACGAAUGGUUAUACAGCAGGUAGUCUAUCUAGUGGAGCACCUGGUUUAACAAUGGGCUUAGGAUUGGGUUUAGCAAGUGGUGUUGCAGCCACUAUCAAUGCUGCUCUAUUCCCAGGUCAUCAUCAUCAUCAACAUCAUCAUCGUUAUCAUCAAAACAGUAAUAAUCAUUCAUCAGACACAAAUCAGCCAACACGAAUUCCUCCGCCUACAAUUGCAGCAGCAGCAGCCGUGGCAUCAGUAGCUCCACCACCGUUAAAAGAUCUGGGGAUUCAUCAGGUGGAGGGGACUGAUGGCCCACAAGUCUAUCAGAGUAGAUCUGCUCGUCAAGCAAAACAACGUGAAGAAGAAUUAGCUCGAGUGAGACAAGAGUUUGAAGCAAAAACCUUAGCAUUACAAGCUAGUGCUGGUGGUCGACGUCGACGUCGAGAUAGAGAUAGAGAGCGUAGACAAAGAAAUGCAGAUGGUUAUUGGGAUUCAUCACAUGAUGAACGAUAUCAAGCUCAGAGUAAUAAUGAUUUCUCACAAUCACCUCAUUCAUGGAAUCGACCACCUAUUCGAUCUAUGACUAGAGCAUGUCCACCGGAUGAUUAG